UAUUGGGCGGAUUAAUACAUGACGUCACAAGAAGUUAAGGAUCCGUCGGUGUUGAUGUGGGUCGGUGGGUUAGGUUUAGGAUAUGUUUGUCGUCCGAUUCCAUUUUUGAUACCCGAAAGCGAAGUUUUCCAGCAAAGAAGAUGCCCGCCGUGUUUUUAGAUAGGUUACCCCUUCCCAGUUUACAAACUUACAUAGCCAUAAGUGUUUUAUUAUUAUCUUGUUCCGUAUAUUACGCCGUUCAAGUAACGUCGCAACCGAAUUGGAAAUUAAACGUGACGACAGACGAAGAUUCGAAGUUAUUAAAUAGAACAAAAUUGGACGAAUCGAUCGAAAAUAUUAUAUUAAAUAUCGAAGAUUUGGUUCUAAAUCAUCCUUUGGUCAAGAGAUUGAUCGAUGUCGUUUACUUCAUGAUACAAGAGCCCUUGUGUAUAUGGACAUUGAUCAACAUGGCCUAUUGCUGUUUAAUCCUUGUCGGAAAAGUGAUCCAGACGUUGGUGUUUGGAGAACUAAGGGUGUCUGAACAACAGCACAUCAAAGAUAAAUUUUGGAAUUUUAUUUUCUACAAGUUUAUUUUUAUUUUUGGAGUUAUGAAUGUCCAGUUUAUGGGAGAAGUUAUUUUAUGGUGCAGCUGGUUUACUGUAUUGGGCUUCCUACAUCUACUUGCACAACUUUGUAAAGAUAGGUUUGAAUACCUUUCCUUCUCACCAACUACUCCAAAGUGGACACACAUCCGUCUCUUAGCACUUCUCUCCUGUAUAUUAUUAAUCUUCUCCAGUCUUUUUGGAAUUUGUGUCAUGGUUGGAUUUCAUGCAGGAAUUAAUACUUUUGCUUUUAUGGCUACAGAGUGUGCAUUGGUCACACUGAGAACACUAUAUGUAAUUAUUAUUUAUGCCAUUCAUUUAUGGGACAUUAAUCAUGAAGGUGUUUGGGAAAGAAGAGCUACUUACGUUUAUUACACUGAAUUAAUUUUUGAAUUGACUGCUUUAGUAAUUGAUUUUUUCCAUCAUCUUCAUAUGUUGUUGUGGGGAAAUAUAUUCUUAUCAAUGGCAAGUUUAGUUAUAUGUAUGCAGUUGAGAUAUCUUCUCUACGAGAUUAAACGGCGUAUUAAACGUCAUAAAAAUUACUUGAGAGUCGUGAAACACAUGGAAGCAAAGUAAGUUUAUUUUGUGCCAUUGAUUUC